AUGAAGAGCCUGGUUGCACCGCAAAAUGUGAUCUUGUUCGCGGUUUUGUUCUCUAUUGGAUAUGGAAAAAUUCAUCAUCUAGCAUUAAAGGGAGAUGCUCGACGAAACAUCAUUUUGACGAGUUUUGGCUACACCGAGGGCGGCACUUUCGAUCUCGUUCUCAGCAAUUUCAACGUUCCCGACGAAAUUGCCCAUUUGACCGAUUCGAGUGAUGAACAUUCGGAUAGAUUGGGUGUCAUCGGCUUCUCUCUCUCUCGCGGCUCGUCAAUCUACCAGAGUGUUGGCUCAAAUCCACGCGUUUGUCAACUGCAACAAACUGAUCAAGGCUUCGACGCGAUAUUUUUCCUCGCGGAUUUGCCGAAAAAUCGUUUACGCGUGUUCAGGAGUGGGAUCGGGGAGAAAAUCACGAUUUGCCCAUCACAUGAACAUUGUGAAUCGAGCGUUGCAACAACAGAAGGUGAUGUUGAGAUCAAAGAUGAUGUUGAGAUUAAAGACGAUGUUCAAACGAGAUCGGCCGAGAAUGAGACAAAGUCUGAUCGAGAGAAACGCGGUGUCUUUGACACGAUCAAACGAUUGUUCACGAGUAAUUCCGAUGGAAAAGAAUAUGUGGAUUAUGUGCCAUUGCAGAAGAAUGACAAUCUCUACUCGGCAAAUAUCUCGAUCCGUUUCACCAACGAGGAACGCGGGAAAUACCAUUUCAUCUAUCACAAUUGUUUCAACUACAGAGAGCAGGGAUAUAGCACUCGGGUAGCCGUCGAUUUCACGGUGGACAUUGUCGAGAGAAAUUUUUUCUCUUUCCUCUCCGCCGGGGAUCUUCCGAAACCGCAACUUUUUCUCUACAUGUCAUUGAUGUUUUUAUUCGCCGGAGCUCUUUGGACACACAAAUUGUGCAUGAGCAACUCAUCCGACAUUUUCCGAGUUCACUACUUGAUGACAUGUCUAGUCUAUCUCAAGGCUUUGUCCCUAUUUUUUCAUGGAGUCAACUACUACUUUGUGGCAAAAUACGGUCAUCAGAAAGAGAUCUGGGCUCUCGUUUUCUACAUUACACAUUUAUUAAAAGGAGCAAUGCUUUUUGGAACGAUUGUUCUCAUCGGCACUGGGUACACGUUUUUCAAGAAUUUCCUGACUGAACGAGAUCGAAAAGUGUUCAUGGUUGUGCUUCCGUUACAGAUCAUUGACAACAUCGCUUUGAUCAUCAUUGAAGAAAGCGAGUUCGGAAAUCAAUCCUAUCAAUUUUGGUAUCAAAUCUUUGUCUUCUUGGAUUUAAUUUGCUGUUUCUUGAUCUUUUUCCCGAUUAUCUGGUCAAUGCAUCACCUCGUCGAAGGCGCUCGAUCCGACGGAAAAGCGGCGUUUAAUUUGGAGAAAUUGAGAAUCUUUCGACAGUUUUACCUCUUGGUUAUCUGUUAUAUCUACACAACAAGGAUUAUCAAGUUUUUAUUAUUGUACGGUAUUCCAUUCGAUUUGGAGUGGACAUGUGAGGCUGUGGUCGAGAUUUCGACACUCUUUUUCUUCGUUGUUGUCGGCUACAAAUUUCGGCCUCAAUCCAGGAAUCCGUACCUCAAAUUGAACCAAGAAGACUCCGAGGAUGAUGAUGGAGUGGCUUUGACGCAAUCAAAUCUCCUGGAAGGGGUGAUCAAUCGAUCAAAGAGCAACGGGGAAACGGUUCUCAUUGAUAUCCCGGGAACGAUCGGCGGUUUGGAUGAGACAGACAGUGAUGGAGAGGAGGAAACAACAAUAAGACCCCAUAGAAUGAGUCAUCCCGAAAAAACACUCCUU